AUGUCCCGCCUCUAACCUGAGGCUCAAACUGUAAUAAGGGCAGAUCCAUUUUUUUUUAGCUACAAUGAGACAAAGACGGACUGAUUAGUUAGUUGUUUUUUUCCCCCCCAAAUGGUACUUAACCCAAAUCUUAGCCCCAGAAUUGACCCGGAGGAGUUUUCUUAAAUCAGAGAAAGCAGAUUACGAGGCUGUGCAGAUACUUUUCUGCAUUGCAAUAUUUCCGGUAGUCUGGGUGUGUUCCCACUCGUUAUCAAAGGGGCUCGGUACCUGGGAUUUUCAAAGGGGCUUGUGUCCUUGUUAUUGUCGCAUGCGAAAUGGCGAGUGCAGCUUUCGAUCGUUUUGCUGCCGAGUGCCUGGUGUCCAUGUCCCGGACAGCAGUGGUCCACAGUCCCAGUCCAGCAGCCACUCCCCCCGGGGACUGUCAGGACAAAGGCACCGGGUUGCUGCUGGUUCUGGCUGGGAUCCCGGCUCAGGGCGGCCCGUCGGCUGAUGGCAGCCCGCAGGAUGGGGCGAGGAGCCUGGCUACCGGGCACUGUGUCCCCCCGAGACCCAGAGGCCGGAGAGGGAAAGGCAGGAGCGGUCAGGAGCGGCGGCCCAAGAAGCACCAGUGUCAGUACCCCGGCUGCGGUAAGGUCUACGGCAAAUCCUCUCACCUGAAGGCUCACCUCCGGACUCACACAGGUGAGAGGCCAUUCGCAUGUACUUGGCCAGAUUGCAACAAGAAGUUUGCUCGCUCUGAUGAAUUGGCUCGACACUACCGCACCCACACAGGCGAGAAGCGUUUUAGCUGCCCCAUUUGUGAGAAACGCUUCAUGCGCAGCGACCACCUGAUGAAGCAUGCUCGGCGACAUGUCAAUUUCCAGCCCAGCAUGCUGAACAGGGCGCACAGCUCACGGCCGAGCUCUGUCAGUGAUUACAGCCGAUCAGAUGCAUCCAGCCCAGCGCUAAGUCCCGCCAGCUCGCCCUAAACACACUGUGCCCGAUGACUACACUUUUGAUUUGUCUAACCUCCCAACCGUGGAACUUCACUGCAACAGUGAAAAACAAAAAAGGAAGUUAGAUUGGUCGAUGUUAAAGGGACAGCAUCACCGCUACUAAAAAACUUAGCUUUAAGAGAAAACACAAAAUGACUACACGUUCACCUCAGGAUAUGUUACUUUUCUUUUAAACUGCACAAUAGAGAAAGCAACAUGCAGUUUAGAUUUAACCUGGUUCAGUUUUUCCCUCAGGGAUGACAGUACAUUUCUCCUGUACCAUUGUCUUGCCUUAAAUAUUUGCACUCUGAUUGCAUCGAUGUCAUGUUGAUAUGCAGGGGGAUACAUAGGUCAAUUCUGCUUUUGAAACUUUAAUGUUUGUGGCUCAAGUGUUAAUCAUGGGGUUGUUGUAACUUGUAUGUUCUUCCAAAUCACAGCACAUGUUUCAUUGGUGGCUGAAAGGGGUUUGCAAUUUUCCUGGUCAUUUAUCCAACCCUCAACCUCCUCUAGUACGCUGCAUAUCACUUUCAGAAGGUAACUAAAGAACAAUGCACGAGGUGGAGGAAUCGGAGCUUUCCUAUUUCUGAGUUAAAGUCACAAGCUGCCAGUGGAUGUGGUCUUUCCUGCUGAUCACCAUGCCUUCUGUCCCUCUCCACAACACAAACAUAAUUACUCUAUAAAAUUGUACGCAAACUUAGCAAGUUCAUGUUGUGAACGAAUGAAAAACCAGAAGCCAUUCCAAAAUGUUCUGAAGAUAUUUUAGAAUAGUUUUAAGUGCUGUCAAAUGUAGUGUAUUGUAUACUCUAGGUUAUUGGUUGCAUUGUGGAAUGAUGAUAUACAUUCCAAAGGAAUCCAUGUGGACGGUGUACAUACUUGCUUUGCAUGGAAGCUAUUGCCUCUGGCCCCUUGUGUUUGUUGUGUUGAUAGGGUCAGUAAAGCACUAUAGGUACUUGAUGCUGAGAUCAGGUAACUUUACUCCUGUACCUCUUGCACUCUCUCGUAGUAAGUGUGUCUGAAACACAUCAACUCGCAGAUACUCUUUGAUAAUCUCCUGUAUUUAUUUUUGGGCUUCUAUUUAACUGUAAAAUGCAAUAGGCUGGUCCUUUUAUUAAAAAUAGAGAGGAGAAUGUAUGGUCAAAUUGAGUGGUUAAAUGUUUGUGUGUGUCUAAGAUGGAAGCUGAAUUAAUCUCACUGACUUGUCAGUUAAACUGGUACAUACAAUUUAAAAAAAAAGCUUGUCUUACGCCACAAGAAUUUAAAGUUUAUUUCACAAUCUCCUCCUCUCCAUCAAAAGCUUGCGUAAUUUAAAAACUGUAAAUAUUUUUCUGAUAACUUAUCCUGCCUACUUAUUCCUCUCCCCCUCACCCCAAUAAAAUGCUUCUCUUUCAUUGUAGUGUUGGUUCCACAAGCAAGCUGCCCUUCAAUACCUUCAUUCACAUUUGAACUUACACUGUGAUCAUUGAUAAGUCUUCAGUCAUGAAAGAUAUAAUAGUCAAAAGUCUGUCCUGUUCUUAACAAAUGCUAGCAUUUCUCCAGCAGCAAUCAUUGGAACAUGAUCAGAAACAGGAACAAUUACCAAGAACUGCCCUGAGGGUGGGAUGAGCUAAAUCAGUAAGGGACUAAAUGUUUAAUCUUGUAUGGUUUACUAUUACACUGGACAGUUCAUCAGACAUAUAUCAUUUUGGAUAUGAAAUAAUACUUUAUAAUGGUGUGGAUUAUUAUAGGAAGUAGCUGCUCACUGUCAUUUGGCAGUUUAUGGAGGUGAACUUCUGAGGCUGUUAAACAAAUAUGCUCAGACCUCAAUGUAUUAUAGAUCGGUUUCCCGAUUAAAAUAACUCAGAUUGAAAGCCCCAAAGAGGCCCACUGUAUAAAAGUACACGAAGCUAGGAGCACAUUUGAUAAAUACAACAAAUACUCAUUUAGGAAGGAAGGCAAUUUGAGGAAUGGCGAUGGCAGGAUGAGGAGUUUUUUUUAAAAAAAAAGUUUCUAAAAUUGGGUUUAGGACUGGCUACAGCACUGAUACAGCAUUGUCCUCUCACCUCAGAGGUUUUGUUCAAAUACCGUUCAGAAUGGAGCUAACAGUCAUCAAUUUGAAAUUUUGAUAUCAUUGUUUUUGUGCAUCAAGAUACUGAAACUAAUUGCUGCUGCUAUAGCACAGACAAUCUCACUCCAAAAUGGGGAGAAAAAUAAUCUAGAUUUACCUUUGUUCUCUAACCUGUGCUGUACCUGGGCUAGGAGCGUUUGAUGAGACAGUACUGCUUCUAUUUAAUGUACCUAUCCUGGGAAUUACAUGGUACAUCAGUUAACGGUUUCAUUCCCACAAUGAACAUCUCUUAGCUUUAAAAUUGAAGGUCCUUCAACUGCCUACAUCUCAAAAAAUAAAUGAUCGCAGGUUUCCAGAGAGUCAAGAGUUUUUUGGUUUUGUGUAUAAGAGUGAGUGAUAGCACCAGCUAUUUCAGUUAGCUAAUGUUAAUGAAGCAAAAUUACAAGCUGAUCUGUAUUUUAGAGAAUGUGAUUCUUUGGUGCUUAUACUGUAUAUUUAUAUUUAGGGAUUGGGCAAGAUUCUCCCUUUCCAAUCAGACUGUUCAAUUUUUCCUCAGGACCUCGUGUGCACAUGCUAUGUAAAUCAUUAAUUUCUAUUUUAUCUAAAUAAACCAGUUCUAAUUUGAGAAGGCCAUGUAGUGAUUUGCUACAUGCAUCCAAUCAUUAUUAAAGAGAUCACACUUCAAUGCUGGUGCUCACUGCUCUGAUGUUCUGCUUUGUAUGCUUUUUGUAAUUUUACUUUGUACAUCAAUAUUGUGAUUAUUGUCCUAUGCAAAUUUUAACAUGAGCAAAACUACAGUUUCUUAACAAAUAAUAUGCAUGGAUAGU